GUUUGUCAUAGUGCGCGCUCGACCUCAUCAGCUUUGACAUUCUCGGCUCCUCGCUACUGAAAGCGCAAGAGAGGCAGUGUCAUCAAGUGAACUAUACACCAGACCCUCGCGGCCGUCUUCAUUUUACCGUCAUGAACACUCCAGUCUUCGAACAGCUUCUGGAGGAGGUAGGGGACAGCGGGAGGCACCAACUCGUGCUCUUCUGGCUCUUCGUCGUGCCCAUAAACUUCAUCAUCCCAUGGGUAGCGUUAUUGCCCAUCUUCAUGACCUCUACACCCGAACACUGGUGCCAUGUUCCAGGCCGGCCACCUAAUGUGUCUAUUGAUCAGUGGAAGCAAUUAACUAUCCCCAGAGAACACAAGGAAGGGAUCGGGGAGACUUUCAGCAGUUGCCGGCAGUAUAACCUGACCUCUGGGGUACGAGAAGCCCUUGGCCAAUCUUCCGAGGUCACCCAGUUAACUUCCUCCACUUUCAACGCCUCCUACAGGGUUGUCGGAUGUCAGACGGGAUGGGAUUACGACCACACUUACUAUGAUAUGACCCUCAGCAUGGAGUUGAACUGGGUGUGUGAUAGGUCAAGUCAGGUCGUUGUCUGGAUGUCUGUUGGUUUGGCUGGAAACGUUAUUGGAACCCUCGUCUUGAACUCGCUGUCUGAUCUGGUAGGUAGACUUCCGAUGCUAUUGGUCUCAGCGAUGCUCUACGCGGUGUUCGGGUUGGUACGUCUGUAUGUCAAGGACUACUUGUGGAUAAUGGUGACGAUGUUUCUCGCCUCGACCUCCUUCCCAUCCAUCCUGGAACUCUCCCUUAUCAUCACAUUAGAGCAAGUGUCGCCAGGAUGGAGGGCGCGUAUCACCUCUACAAGCUUCAUCAUGUGGACAGCUGGGAUGUGUCUGCUACCGCUGCUGGCCUGGCUUACGAGAGACUGGGUGCUCCUUGGCGUGAUAACCACCGUUCCCUUCUUCCUCUUAAUCUUAUGCUGGUGGUUUCUACCAGAGUCUCCGAGAUGGAUGCUGUCACGGAACAACAUCGACAAGUGUGCUGAACUGAUGAAGAGAAUCGCCAGGCGGAAUAGAAAAGAAGUGCCGGAGAAACUGGACGAGACCUUACAGAGCAUCGCCAAAACCCACAACUCGGAGAAGAACUACGGAGCCCUGCAGCUCUUCCAGAACUCUACCGUAUUGUUCCGCACCUUCCUCCUCACCGUCUGCUAUUCUUGUUAUAACCUCUUCUACUACGGCCUCACUUACAACAUCUCCAAUUUGAGCGGCAACGAGUUCAUCAAUUUCUUCCUGCUGGCGAUAACGGAGCUGCCAUCAAACCUGCUCGGGUGGUGGAUGUCCGACUUCCUGGGUAGGCGCUGGACUACUGCUGGCUGCAGCCUCUUAGCUGCCAUAACUGCUUUGAUCAACGUCUUCCUCAUUAAUGGAGCUCAGUGGGUACCCAUCCUGGUGUUGAUAAUCAGCAAGAUGUUCGUCACUAUCAGCUUCAUGGUGGUGUACGUGCAGUGUGCCGAGAUAUAUCCCACCACCCACCGUUCUUGUGGCACUGGGCUCUCCUCCCUUGUCUCAUCCAUCUUCGGCACCACUGCUCCCUACAUCGCCUACUCAGAUACAUACGGUUCGUGGAUGCCCUACUUGAUUCUCUCUGCCAUCGGGAUCAUCGGCUUCAUCUUUGCAUCACUCAUCCCUGAAACACUAAAUACUGACCUACCACAGUCACUCCUCGAUGCCAGUAACUUCCUCACCACAGAGAAGUAUUGGUCAUAUAAAGGAAAACGUCUCACGUCCGGAUGUGCCAAUCUAAUGCUCAAAGACAAUAACAGAGACAAGAAAGCUGAAUAUGUGUGAACAAACAGCAAUACAAGAGAACAACAGCAUAUUUCAGGUAUUGUCUCAGCUUCCCGAGUGGUCAAGACAGGAACAGAGAGUGUCUGAGAGACAGACAGCAUCAUUCCUUGAGAAAAAUUAUAGACUGAUGCUAAAACUGAGUGUUGUAUGUACUGAGGAAAAUUGAUAUUAAGAGUACAGUACUGUAUUGAUCAAGGACACAUGAUCAAUAUCCUGGCCUUACAGUAGCUAUAUGGCUGGAUGCAGUGGUUCCUGACUGGUUCACUGAGCUAUGAAUGGCUGCCUCACUUUUUUAUUGAGGAAGUAAAAUUACUAACAAAAUUAAUAAAAUACAGUAGACCCUUGCCAUUUGUGGGUUUGUGAAUCGCGAGUUCGAUGAUUCACGGAAAGCAGAUGGUGGCUACGGUGGCUAGCUUACGACCCCUUUCCCGUAGCACAACGAGUCGCCCCAUGCAGCAUCUUGUGUUGUACUCUCAAAACUUUAGUGUUUCUGUGUGAAAUGGCCCCUAAAAUACUGACUAGUGUCAGUGCUAGUGAUGCUAGUGGAGUGAAAUGCAAAAGGUAGAAGACAGUGAUGACCCUAACAAAAAAGUUGAAUUAUAAGAAGAGUUAAAAGAGAGGUUGAGUGCUGCUGCGGCUGGUCAGUUGUUUGGUAUAGGUAUACAGUAGUGCACUAAGGUAGUAUAAGUUGCUAUUCACGGUUUUGCCUAUUCACGCCAUUCCUUGGAACCCAACUCCUGUGAAUAACAAGAGUCUACUGUACUAGAUAGAAAAAACUAAUAUUUAAUGCCAAUUCUAAUUAUUGGGGAGAAAAUGGUGCCAUACCUUAU